CCGCGCGCCCUCUCAGCGUGUGCCAGGGAGACGCGGGCGAGCGAGCGGGCGGCAUCACCCACGCGGCGGCACCAUCCACGCGGCAUCAUCCACGCGGCGACAGCGCACGCGAGGGGCGAUAAGAGACGCAGCAGCAGCGGCGGCGGCGGCGGCGAGAGAAGGACGAGGAGGAGGGGGGACGAGGAGGGAGGAGGAGGAGGGAGGAGGCGGCGGUUGCGAGGGAUCACAGCAGCCGCUGCCGCGAUGUCGCCGCGCUGAUCGCGGGAGAAGAUGGACGCGUCUCUGCGCUGCGAGCCCGGGUUGGCCCGGUGGCCGGCGACGAUGGCGCUGACGCGGAGGCUGGAAACAUCGCCGUGUAAGCGUGCUCCCCCGUCUCCCCGUGUUGUCCCUGCGUCCUCUCCGCGCUCCGCCGCCACUCGCCGCCCGCUCGCGCCCUCCCCGCAGCACGGGCGGCCGCCCUGCCCGGCGCCGUGCGGAGCCGACGCCGCCGCAGCCGGCGCGGAGAAGGACUGCGUCACCGCCGUCGCCUCACGGUCCCCGUCCAAGCUGCUGCGGCACGGCGCGGGAGCCGGCAGGGCCGCCGACGCCGGCUGCACGUGCGGCGUAGCGCCCGGCGCUCCUCAGCCAGGCUCGGCGCCGCACAGAGGCGCGGUGCCGGCUCACCGGCUCCCGCCCGCCGCCGCGGCCGCCACCAAACCCGCGGGUGCCUCGCCCAGAGCCGCCGCCAGCCCCAGCAAGGGCGCCGCCAGCGCCGCGAGAACCGUCGGCAGCCCCUGCAGGAUCUCCGCCGGCGCGGGCAGACCACCGCCAGCGGCGGCAGCAGCAGCAGCAAGCCCAAACAAAACUGCUGCCGCCACUUCCAACAAAUGCACGUCGGCCACCAACAAGUCGCUCUCCAGUCCCAGCAAAAUCCCGGCAGGAUCGCAGAAGCUGGGCUCCGCUAGAGCGGCUGUCCCCGCGGCGCCUCACUCUGCUGUGCCGGCGGCGGCGGCGGCGGCGACGACGUUGUCGCCCACGGCUGGGUCCCAUCGGCACCGGGGAGACGGCAACGCGGACGCCUCAAAGAAUCGCGCGCCAUUCGAAGCAACCAAAACCAGGAGCGGAACCCUGCCGCGAAGUGGAUCGAGACCCGGGAGCAGGAGCGGAAGAGACAAGGUCGGGACCGGGGUCGCGGGCGUCAAAACGGUGUGCGGACUCGGGGUGGAUUCUGGCGCUGGAUCGACGAACAAAACCGGGAACAAUCCCGAGACCAAACCCGGAGUUGUGGUGGUGACCAAGCCUGGGGAUGGGGCGGAGACAAAGCCUGGAGGUGGAGCAGAGACAAAGCCUGGAAUUGGAAUGAUUACGAAAGCGGCGAGUGGUGUGAUGAUGAAGCCUGCGGGUGGAUUAUUAAUAAAACUUGGAAUUGGAUCAAUAACAAAACCAGGAGAUGGAGCGUUGACAAAACCAGGAAGUGGAUUGAUUACGAAAGCAGCAAGUGGAGUGUUGACACGGCCUGCAGGUGUGGUGCUGACAAAGUCCCGAGGUGGAGCCAUAGCAAAACCUGGGGAUGGAGCGCUGACAAAACCCGGAGGUGGAGCGCUGGUAAAAGCGGCAGGUGGAGCGGGAGCCAGAACCGCUGCCCCGGUGUCGCUGUCUCGCAAGCAGGAGAAGGAAGCUGCCAACGCACGAUUGGCCGAGGCGGUCACACGGGCCGAGGGAGCAGCAGCCAAUAGGAGGACGGCAGCGAGCGUCCAAUCGGCAGCAGGGCGGACGUGGAGCGGCGCCACUCCGCUCAGGACCGCGGGGCCCGCGACCCGCCCUCCGACGGGAUGCGCGACGGGAGGAGCCCCCAGAGCGCCGAGGAGGAACUGUAAGGCCGAAGCCCUCGCUGUGGCCAGGGCCCAGGGUACGGUGCACGCAGCGAAACUCCUCCAGGCGAACGGCGACGUGGCGGACGACGCGGACACGGGGGACGGGGAAACGAGGGCAGCGGCGGCGGUGGCGGAGGAAGAUGAGGAGACGGCACAGGGCGCAAGCGCGGAAGGGAAGGCCGAGCACGACUGGAGCGGGCAAUCGAAGGCCGAGCGUGAUGAGAGCGACACGAAGACCAAGCGUGACGAGAGCGAGGAUUCGAAGGCCGAGCGUGAUGAGAGCCACAUGAAGGCCGAGAGCGACGAGAGUCACAUGAAGGCCGAGCGUGAUGAGAGUGGCACGAAGGCUGAUCAUGACGAGAGCGGGGAAAUGAAGGCCGAGUGCAAUGAGAGUCACAUGAAGACCGAGCGCGAUGAGAGCGACACGAAGACCGAGCGUGCUGAGAGUCACAUGAAGACCGAGCGCGAUGAGAGCGACACGAAGGCCGAGAGCAAUGAGAGUCACAGGAAGAUCGAGAGCGACGAGAGUCACAGGAAGACCGAGCGCGAUGAGAGUCACAGGAAGACCGAGCGUGAUGAGAGCGACACGAAGGCCGAGAGCGACGAGAGUCACAGGAAGACCGAGCGUGAUGAGAGUGGCACGAAGGCCGAGUGCAAUGAGAGUCACGUGAAGAUCGAGCGCGAUGAGAGUCACGUGAAGGCCGAGCGUGAUGAGAGUCACGUGAAGACCGAGCGCGAUGAGAGCGACACGAAGGCCGAGUGCAAUGAGAGUCACGUGAAGAUCGAGCGCGAUGAGAGUCACGUGAAGACCGAGCGCGAUGAGAGCGACACGAAGGCCGAGAACGACGAGAGCGGUGACAUGAAGGCCGAGAGCGACGCGCGUGAGCAAAUAAACGCACUGCCUGAUGAGCUUGGGGCACCGAAGGCUGCGCUCGAGUUGAGCGAAGAAACUAAAUCCACAUACAAGAUCGGUGGAGGCAAGAAGGCCGCGCGCGACUCGCAUGAAGGAGAGACGGACGACGUUGAUGCGAGUGGCACGACGGAGGCCACGUGUGACGCGAGCGGCAGAGGGAAGACUUCACGUGACCUGAGCGGCGAACUGAACGCGUCGCGCGACCUCGGCGGUGGAGCGAAGACUCCGUGCGCAGGCCUCGGGCAGGCUUGGGCCACGCGCCGAGCGGGCGAGCGAACAACGGCCGGAUUUGACGCGGGCCAGGACACGAAGCCCCCGGGUGCCGACGCGGGCGACGCGGGCCGUGGGGUCUCCCCGGCCGCGGGCGCCGCCGGCAGGCAGCCGCUCCCCCCGCAUUCCGGCGCAGAAGCAAUUUCUGACGUGAGCGUCUUCCCCGGAGCGAUUCCUGAACUGAACGGGGUAGGAGAAGCGCUCCCCGGCGCAGGAGGGGUGGAGGACGGAUCACCGCUGCCACGGCCGAGCACAACAGACGCCGGCUCCGCCGCGGCGGCGGCGGCGUCUGGGAUGACCGACUUGAGAAUGUCACCGGUGGCAGAGGGCAACGGCGCGAAGGGAGACGACGUUUCGCGCGUGGGAGCUGGUGCCCGCGCCAGGCCCGGUGCGAGCCGCGAACCUGCAGCGGGCCUCGGGGACGUCCGGGCGGUCACCCCGCGUGCCGAUUUGGUGCGGGUCCAGGUUCACUCGCACGCGAACGUCGAUGACGCGUGCGGGGGGACCGGGUCCGACACGGAAAUCAAACCCGCUGUGAGAGCCGACGUUGACAAGAACAGAGCACUCUCCAAGGACGUCCACGGCACGAAGUUCACCACGGGUGCCGGGCCCGGCGUGCGCCUCGCCGAGCUCAGCCUGUGUGAGAUCAACCUGUCGGAGGCGGCCGACGGGGCCUCCUCGCCCAGCCUGGCGGACGGUGGGGGGGCGCUUUCCGACGACAGGUCCUUCCGGGAGACGGUGAGCGUGGGGGUGAUGUCGGAGGCGCACCAGCUGGGAGACGAGCUGUGGGGCUGCGGGGGCACCCUGGGUGAUCUAUCGACUCCCAGCUCCAUGGGCCUGUGGGAGAAGCUCGACUCGAAAACCAGCAGCCCCACCAGCACCCCCGAGGAGCUGAAGGACACGGGCAGCCUGGCCGGUGGCGCCUCCGCGUCCGGCUCUACGCUGGGAAUGAGUCCAGAAUUUGGUCUUAAACUCAAAAUGCUGUUGGAGUCCAGACAUGCGCCCAUAUACGAGCCCCGGGACAAAACCGAACGGACGCUGGCAGAGAGACUCAAGCGAGACACCGGAAAUAAUAAUAACAAUGUUGUUGAAGGCGACGACGACGAUGACGAAAAGGAAGAUGACGAAGACGGCGAUGAUUUUGAUAACGAUUACUACGUCAAUGAUGUGGAGAAGCAUCGGACACGGGUCCUCUGCGGCAUCGAGAACCCCGCGUUCCGGGACUACGCGGCCGAGCCCGACUCGAGAGCGGUGCGCGAGGCCGAGCCGCGGACCGGGAGAGUGAGCGGGGACGCCGGCGUGACGGCUCAACCGGAGCUCGCGCACGUACGGGGAGGCGACCCGCACCCCGACUGCAGCGGCAGCGUCGACCUAACCCCGGGGCGGCCGCGAGAGCCGCCCCUGACGGCCGAGCGGCGGCCCCCGGAGCGGAAGCCGCAGGCCGAGCCAGCGGCCACGAAGCUUGGGCACGGGUGGACGCCGGAUGACUUCGAGGACGACGACUGCGACGACGACGACGGCGGCGGCAGCGACGGCAGCGACGGCAGCGACGCGGACGGCGACGACUUUGAGGUCUCCGCGCUGACGGCGAGACGCGCCGGGGCAGCGCUGUCGGCCGACGCCCCUUCCCACUCGCACUUCUCGUCCGGCAAGCCGCUCUCCCCCAUCCUGGAGCUGGACGCCGAUGACCCCGCUGCCGCCGUCCCGACCGCCGCCGGGGCCUUCGAGGUCACGCGGGACCCCGACGGGCGCGACCUCGCCGACCCCCGGGCCCGUCGCGACGACGGAGGCGGCGCCUCCCCCGAGCCGGCCCUGCCGCCCGCUCCGCCCGCUCCGCCAUCCCGCCUCGCCGCCUCCCCCGGCCGCCGCGUUUCCGUGCCUCCGCCGCGCUCCCUGUCGGGGCUGCGCGAGGGCGCGGCCGCUCCGUCGUGGCCCGCUCCGGGCGAGGGGGGGGUGGCGGGGGAGGGGUCGGUGGCAGGGGGCGCGGCUCCACGUGGGGAGCAGGAGGGGCAGGAGGAGGAAGAGGCGCUGACGCGGAUGAGCGAGGUGCUGCCGCGGGGCCGCGUGCGCCCCGUGCAGGGCGACGCGCUCACGCGCUGGAGCGAGGUGCUGCUCUCCCCGCUGCGCUGCGAGGCCGACGCGUGCGUCACCGCCGUGGCGGCCUUCUCCCCUGACGGACACCACGGGGGGCAGCCGCCCACGGGGGGCCCCGCAGGCGAGUGGACGAUCGUGGAGCUCGAGAGCCACCACUGACGGUGGGGGGAGUGGACGGG